AUGCCGGGAAUAGUUUCAGUUAAAACGCCGCCGGAGUCUACGCCAUUGCGAAUCACAGUUCCAGAGGAGAGUCAAGGCCAGAUCGGAGCUAAUUCGAGUAGAUCCGAGAAUGUUAACACGAAGCCCAGCUCGCCAGCUCCACGGCGUCCUCCCUCUCCUUCCCCGUCCACCUCACGAGCCAAGCCGUCGCCGGAUCGGGGCUCCGGAAAGAAGAAAUCGCCGCCGGAGAAGGUUGUUAUCGACGAAUCGUCGCUUGACAACCCGGAUCUCGGCCCAUUCCUGUUGAAGCUCGCUCGGGACACGAUUGCGUCCGGUGAGGGUCCGAAUAAGGCCCUGGAUUAUGCACUCCGAGCUGCGAAGUCCUUUGAGAGGUGCGCAGUCGAUGGCCAGCCUAGCCUCGACCUGGCAAUGAGUCUGCACGUUUUGGCUGCUAUUUACUGUAGCUUGGGCAGGUUUGAGGAAGCUCUUCCGGUGCUUGAAAGAGCCAUUACAGUGCCGGAUACCUCAAGAGGUGCAGAUCACGCGCUUGCUGCAUUUUCAGGGCAUAUGCAGCUGGGAGAUACUCAUUCCAUGCUCGGUCAGCUGGAUCGAUCGAUUGAGUGUUAUAAUGAAGGCCUAAAAGUACAGAUGGAAGCUUUAGGAGAUACCGAUCCUAGAGUUGCUGAGACUUGCAGAUACCUGGCUGAGGCACAUGUCCAAGCAAUGCAAUUUGAUGAAGCUGAGAAUUUGUGUAAGAGAACACUGGAAAUACAUAGAGUGCACAGCCCACCAGCAUCUCUUGAAGAAGCUGCUGAUCGGCGGUUAAUGGCUCUCAUAUGUGAGGCUAAAGGUGAUUAUGAAUCAGCACUUGAACACCUUGUGCUUGCCAGCAUGGCAAUGAUUGCCAAUGGACAAGAAAAUGAGGUUGCUGCUAUUGAUGUUAGCAUUGGUAACAUCUACUUGUCACUAUCUCGCUUUGAUGAGGCCGUUUUCUCAUACCAGAAGGCGCUUACUGUUUUCAAAUCAUCAAAGGGUGAUAACCAUCCUUCAGUUGCCUCUGUUUUUGUGAGGCUUGCUGACUUGUACUACAAGACAGGAAAGUUAAGGGAGUCUCGAUCAUACUGUGAAAAUGCACUUAGGAUCUAUGCGAAACCUGUGCCUGGAACAACUUCAGAAGAGAUUGCAAGUGGAAUGACAGAAAUUUCUGCCAUAUAUGAAUUGUUUAAUGAACCCGAGGAAGCACUAAAGCUCUUGGUCAAGGCUCUGAAGUUGUUGGAGGAUAAACCAGGGCAGCAAAGCACAAUUGCUGGGAUAGAGGCGCGGAUGGGUGUCAUGUUUUAUAUGGUUGGAAGGUAUGAUGAAGCACGAAGCUCCUUUGAGAGUGCCGUGGCAAAACUUAGAGCCAGUGGAGAGAGGAAAUCAGCGUUCUUUGGAGUGGUGUUAAACCAAAUGGGUUUGUCAUGCGUACAGUUGUUCAAAAUAGACGAGGCUGCUGAAUUGUUUGAAGAAGCAAGAGAAAUCUUAGAACAUGAGUGUGGCCCUUGCCAUCAAGAUACACUUGGUGUAUACAGUAAUCUCGCUGCAACUUAUGAUGCAAUGGGAAGAGUUGAAGAUGCAAUUGAAAUUUUGGAGUACGUUCUUAAAUUGCGAGAGGAGAAGCUUGGAACAGCAAAUCCGGACUUUGAUGAUGAGAAGAAAAGGCUGGCUGAGCUCCUGAAAGAAGCAGGCAAGUCAAGAAACAAAAAGGCAAAAUCACUGGAAAACCUCAUCGACCCAAAUUCCAAGAGGACAAAGAAAGAGUCAUCAAAGAAGUGGUCAGCCUUCGGCUUUAGAAGUUAAAGCCAAUUUGUCAUGGGUUAUCCACUACCAUUAGCUUCAACAGAAGCAUAUUCUGUAGCCUAGUAGAAGAUGGUGUAUAGUUAAUCUGUAAUCUGGUGAGUCUUCUGCCUGUUUCUUGGCUGGUUUGGGUUGGCAUUGAAUUUGAUUUUGAUUAAUUGUUUAAUUGUUAUUUGUUUGAGAUCUUGAAAGAUGCUCAGAGAAAAGACUCGCUUAUGCUGCCUGUGUUUAAUUUCAAUUUCUUUCUCACUUUAAUUCUUUUAGGAGCCAACCAAACUUUGAGUGAUCAAAAUCAUUUGAUAUAUAUGGAUUAUAUGCUCUUGCUGAUC